UUAAAAUGCAACUACAGUUUGGCUUUCAACGUCAGUGGGGCAUUACCGCCAUCUCCUGGACAAACGCGGAACAACAAUAACACAACACAAAUAUGGCGUCCUCCUCCAGGCUCAUUUCAAGGUUGGCGUUAGUCACAGGUGGGGGCAGUGGGAUUGGGCAAGCUGUGUGCCAGCGCUUUGCCUCAGAGGGUGCAACGGUUGUAGUGGCAGAUCUGAAUCAAGACGCUGCAGAGGAGACUGUGGAUGCCCUGCAGAGGGGGCAGAAGGGGCAGAGAGGGCAGAUCGGGCAGGGGCACAUGGCAGGACAGGUAGACGUCUCAUCAAAGGACAGUGUCAAGAAACUAAUCACUCAAAUACAGACUCGAUAUUUCCAGCCUCCGUCUGUGUGUGUGAACGCAGCGGGCAUCACUCAGGACAACUUUCUGCUCAGCCUUGAAGAAGAGGAGUUUGACAAAGUGAUCCAAGUCAACUUGAAGGGUACGUUCUUGGUGACUCAGGCAGUGGCUCAGGCUCUAGUGGCCUGUGGUGCCUCCAAAGGAUCCAUUAUCAAUAUGGGCAGCAUUGUGGGAAAGGUGGGAAAUCUUGGACAAGCAAAUUAUUCUGCCUCAAAAGCUGGAGUCGAAGGUUUAACCAGGACAGCAGCCAAAGAACUCAGCAAAUUUGGAAUAAGAUGUAACUGUGUGCUACCUGGAUUUAUUACAACUCCAAUGACAGAUUCAGUUCCUGAUAAGGUUAUAAACAAGUUGUUAACAUUGGUGCCUUUGGGAAGAAUGGGUGAGCCUGCAGAGGUCGCUGAUGUGUGUGCCUUUUUAGCUUCAGAUGACUCGAGGUACAUCACAGGGACAAGCAUUGAAGUCACAGGUGGACUGUUUAUUGGAUGAAACUUCUACCUCCAUGAAAUAAGACUGCCUUUGUAAAUGAUUAUAGCUAUUUUCAUAAAGAAAUGAUUUUAAUCAAUGUUUUCAUUUCUAAUAAAAUCAUGUUCAUUUCCACAAAUCAAACCCUGCAGCCUUUACAUUGACAAUGCUCCAUGGGUUUCAGAAUGACACAUUUGAGCUGUAGCCAUAUCAGUGACUAGUUAAAACAAAACAUGUUUUGAAUGGUGAAAAGUUCUGAAAAUGUUGCCUUAUAACAAGAAGUUGAAUCCCAUAAAUAAUGCAGACCUAUGGUUCCUCUAAUGAUUCAUGAGCGAGUUAACAUAAUAAAUGUAAAGAAAAGUUAUUUAAAGAAUGAUUACUUAUCCUUCAAUUUCUUUAGUUCAAUAUUAAAAUAAAAUAAUAAAAUCAGGGCUGUUCCAGAAGCUUUUAAAAAAAUAUUAAUUAUGUACAAAUGACAAUAUCAGAACCAAUAUAAGUACAUAUUGGUUUGCAUCAGGGCAUGUCUCAACUAAUAGAAAUUCUUGAAAUAAAUACAUUUUUGUAACGUAUUCUUGCUUGCCAAUUUUUUUAUUUUUUGUUCGUGUCUCAAGGGAACAAAACACUAUAAAAUACUGCCCCCUUGU